UCCGUCUCUUUCCUGAAGCUAUUUCGAUUGCUGGACCCUCCUAAUUUAAAAGCUCCUACUGCUCUUCCAUUACUCCUCCUGGCAGUCUCUGCACAAGCACACGAGACUGACCAUUAUCGAACGACCAACCCCUCCAUUCAUUGGCACUAAAUAGCCGCCCAACUGGCCCCCCUCUAAAGGCUCUCGUUUAGUACCCCUCCCCAACUCACAAUUAGAUUCCGCCUGCGUGCUGUUUGUUUUGUCAUUCUGGACCUGGUCAUAUUGUAAUGUCCCAUUUGAAUUAUCAGCUAUCCGCGGCAAAGGAAUAAUAAAAAGAUGAGCAACCAUCUGAUCAUGAUCCAAUAAAAUUGGAACCAUCUAACCUAUAACUCUGCCGACCAGACCGGUUACCGGUUCCAAUUUUUAUUGGAACCGUUGAGCAGCGGUUUCCGGUUCCAGAUUGGGACCGUCCAUCCAAACCGGUAAGUUUUAUUUUUUCAAACCAUGCUCUCUCCCGCUCCUCCCUCCUCGGUCUCCCGCAUGCUCACUCUCGAAAGAAAGAAAGCCACUCAACUUUCUCGUCUCAUCUCGCUCUUGGUCGCCUCUGCGCUGAGCUCUCACCUCCGGCGAUAUUCGCUCCCACCUAGAUAGAGCGAAAGUGGAGAGGAAGAAAACCCACAAGAUCAGCAGAAAUCAAUGACAAAGCGUCCAAAACCGGCAGCGAGUGAAGCCAAACGCAAGCAAAGAAGAGGAGGAGGAGAUGGAGAAGGGAAAAGGAGUAACGGGUAUGCGGAGAAGCUGGGUGAUCAACCGCACCAUCAACUCGACUUUUCCUGCCUCUGGCGAUAUCCCUGAUCCUCUCGGGUUCUCUCGGCACCUCUCUCGAUCAGGAUGAUUCUGCAGUCACCCGACAAAAGGAGGACGCUGAAGCUGAUUGGAAACUUCAGGACACGGCUGGUUCCAUGGACCCACCAAGGAACCGGACCGGACCUCGGGAGGUUCCAGGUCCGGCCGGACCACCGGUUCUCGGUCGUUCCGAGAAGGUUUCCUAGCUCGCCAAAAGUAGUCAACUGGACCCACUUGAUGUACCCAUUCAAAAAACUACCCUUAAAGGCUAGCCUCGCAAUCCCUUGGAAUAUAAAUAGCCAGUCCCUACGAAUGGUUCUGUGCAGUGCACACAUUUACAGAGAGUUUUUCUUUGGUCGAACUUUUACAGAGUUAAAAUGGCUGAUAAAUUAGCUGAUCGAAUCAGGGCAAUGGGCUUGAACGAUACUGUAGAAUGGUAUCCUGUGAUGUCGCCUGAAUGGCCAGGCGAGGUACGCUUGUAUGAGGUGGAAAAGGUGUUGUUCCAUGGCAAGUCCAAAUAUCAGGAGCUUCUUGUUUUCCAGUCAGCGAAGCAUGGCAAAGUGGCAAUUCUGGAUGGUCAACUUCAACUGUCAGAGAAGGAUGAGUUUGCUUACCAAGAGAUGCUCACACAUCUUCCCCUCUGCUCAAUCCAGAACCCAAAAAAGGUGCUGCUCAUUGGUGGGGGAGAUGGAGGUAUUCUGAGGGAAAUAUCUCGUCAUUCGUCCGUUGAACAAAUUGAUAUAUGUGAAAUCGACCAAAUGGUGAUUGAUGUUUACAAGCAAUUCUUCCCUGAUAUAGCAGUUGGGUAUGAGGAUCCGCGAUUGAACGUGUACAUUAGCGAUGGAAUUGCUUUCUUGAAGGCUGUUCCUGAAGGAACUUAUGAUGUGAUCAUCCUGGAUGCAUUUGAGAGCAUGGGAACUACUGCAAUUGAAUUAGCGAAUAAAGAGUUUUUGGAGUCGGUGGCUCGGGCGCUCAGUCAUGGAGGCGUCAUGUCCGCUCCCGCUGAUAGUUUUUGGCUGGACAACUUCCAAAUGGAAGAUACAAUUAACGAAUGUCGCAAAAUCUUCAAGGGCUCAGUCAGAUAUGCUUGGAGUACCGUUCCUUCCUACUCAAGCGGGACGAUUGGAUUUGUCCUGUGCUCCAACGACGGGCCGGCAGUCGACUUUGAGAAACCUGUCAAUCCUCUAGAUACCGAGAACAAUGGGGUGGCUAAAGGGCCUCCUAAGUUCUACAACCCUCAGAUCCAUGCUGCUGCUUUCUGUCUGCCGUCUUUCGCGAAGAAGGUGGUGGGCACCAAAUUCUGAUGAACAGAUGUUCCUCAGCGUAACCGGUUAAAGAUGGAGAAAUAGGAUCUCAGUCGCUAGUGCUCACUUCUGUCUUCAUUUUUCUUUCCUUUGCCCAUCGUUUCUCGUUCUAUCAACUGUGAUACCCAAUGUGUUCAUAUCGUAUUACGAAUAAGCAUCACAGUAGUUUCUCGUCAAUUGUCUAUAAUCGCCAAUCGCUGACAGGCACUGAGAUAUCAUUUUGUUUGGUUAGAGGUCGUCAAAUCCCCGUCCUGCUCUAA